AUGUCAGCAUUGAAAUCACCAAAGAUUGUUGAAGACGUCAGACUCAACAACAACGGAGAAGUCAAAUUGAAGGAUGUCACCAACGAAGUGAGAUCCAGACAACAAGUCACCAAGAAGGACGUGGUUAAUGCACCACCAAGUUCAGUUCGAACAGUCAACAUCUUUACCAUCUUGGUUCAACUAGUACACCGUUUUUUCACUGUUGGAUUAGUUGCUCUGGGUGCUUCAAUCACUAGUUUGAUCAUGUACUACAUCAACCAUUUAAUCCUCCUCAAUCUAUUCUUCACCAUUACUAUUUACAAAAAUUUGUUGUUCAUUUAUCGCAAGAUCUACUUGAAAUUCCUCACUUUGACUUACUAUCCAAACAAAUCACCCCAAGUUAUUCGAGAUGACGUGAAUCAAUUGACAAAAAUUCCCAAAUCAGUUGCUUGUAUAUUGGAUUUGAAAGAUGACGAUGACGAAAAUGGUGGUAAAGAUGGGCUAUACAAUCAGGUUAGUGAGUUGUCGGCUUGGAGCGUUAGUGCAGGUAUAUCAAAGUUGGUGGUUUACGAAUACACUGGGUCUAUUAAUCAAAGUAGCGACUCACUUAUUGAUUUGAGCAAAAUCAUAACUCGCAACUUGAUUUCUUACUUUGGUUCAGAAGCUAUCCCAACGUUUUCAUUAAAGGUGCCUCACAAAAAUUUGAUAUUGUACAGUGAUGAGUCGGUUAGUCUAUCAUCAACAGAAGCACCAAGAGAAACAGUAGUGGAUUUGGAAAUUGAUUUACUCAGUCGAGUUGAUGGUAAACCAACAAUUGUUGAAUUGACGAAAACAAUGAGUGAAUUGGCUGUGAAUAAGGAAUUAGCAGUGAAUGAUAUAACCAUUGACUUGAUUGAUGAGGAGUUGGUGGAAUUGGUUGGACCAGAGCCUGAUUUGUUGAUUUCAUUUGCACCAUCAUUGAAUUUGGAAGAUUAUCCACCUUGGCAUAUCAGAUUGACUGAAAUUUAUUGGGAACCGGAAAAUAAAGAUGUCAGCUACGCUGUCUUUAUUCGUGCUUUGAAGCAGUUUGCACAGUGUAAAGUGAAUGCAGGUAAGUAA